AUGAAGAACUCACCAAGAAACAAAGAUGACUCACAAAGCUCCCCUCCUCCUUCACCAAGCAACAUCAUAACCAUCACCGUCAACAACCCCGGACAACCCUAUAUCACCACACCCGAAACCAUCAGUGUCCUCCGUAGCAGCGCUUCUACCUACCGUCAAGUUGUCCGGUGGCUAACCGGACCCCCCAUGGAUCCUAACCCAACCGUCCAACCCGCCCCGGAUCCGAGGUACCCGCUCCCUCCACUCAGACCCGUCCCCAACAUGAAGCACUCUUCUUCUUCUUCCUCCACCAUCUACCAACGCCGCAAAUUCAAGAACCAUCCCAAGAUCAACCCGGUACGUUCCGGUUUAACCGAGAGACUCUCCCCAAGCAUCCUCAACAUGCAGUCUCUCGUUCUCAGCAGCCCUGACACUACUCUUGUUCAUGGCCCGUUUUCUCGUUCCGGGUCUAUUACUCCGAGCCCUAGCGCUACCGAGUCCCGUGAGUACGACCCGAAACGUGACUCCGACGUCGAGGAGAGAGAGAUAAGAGAGAGAGGGUUUUACUUGCACCCGUCACCGUCGUCUACUCCGACGGAUCCGAAGCCUCAACUUCUGGAUCUCUUUCCGAUGACUUCUACUCGAGCUUCAGAUUCUCCAGCCUCCUCCACCUAA